UUUUUGUGGGGACGAUGGAGUCAAGAGAGCAGAGUCUGGAUGAGAGAUACGAAAUGAUCACGCGAAAUUUGGAGGACGUGGUUAACGGAGAUGAACUGAAGAAGCUUUUAGAACAAAAGCCGCAUCCAUGUAUAUAUUGGGGCACUGCCAUCACAGGAAAGCCGCACGUGGGAUAUUUCGUCCCGAUUUACAAGAUUGCCGACUAUUUAAAAGCUGGAUGCGAGGUAAAGAUUUUAUUUGCAGACUUGCACGGGUUUCUGGACCACCAGAAGACUGGUUGGGACCUGCUACAACAUCGAUACGAUUACUAUAAGUUCGUCAUUACAGAGAUGUUUCGCAGCGCGAACGUACCGGUGGGUCGACUGGCAUUCUUGAGGGGGACGGAUUACCAGUUAUCCGCGAAGUAUACGUUAGACGUGUACAAGAUGGCGUCGUUGGUGACAAACGACCACGUGUUGAAGGCGGGGGCGGAAGUGGUGAAGCAGAGCAAGCAUCCUUACAUGAGUUCGCUGAUGUAUCCGAUAUUGCAGGCGUUGGAUGAGGAGUAUUUAGACGCGGACAUACAAUUUGGAGGGAUCGACCAGAGAAAGAUUUUUAUGUUUGCUCGAGAAUGGAUGCCGAAGUUGGGAUACAAGAAGCGUUUGUAUUUGAUGAAUCCGCUGAUUCCCGGACUAAACAAGUCGGGGAAGAUGUCUUCUUCGGAGCCUCAGUCCAAGAUAAACUUUGACGAUUCUGACGAACUGAUCCGGUCUAAAAUUUUCCAAGCUUACAGCGUGGAUGGCUGCGUGGAGGACAACGGUCUUCUGGCGCUCUUAAAAUACGUGAUAUUCAAUCAUCUUCGGGUGCAGAAUCGCCCUUUCGUGGUUCGAAGAGACGCUAAAUGGGGGGGAGAUAUGACCUUUCAGACUCACGAAGAGGUGGAAGAGGCGUUCAAAAACAGCGGAAAAGGGGCUAGUCUUUCUUCGGCGGACCUCAAAAGGGCGUUGGCGGACGAAAUGAUAUUGCUGGUGGAUCCUCUGCGCAGGGCGAUAAAUUCUAGAUUGGAAUUGACUCAAAAGGCGUAUCCUUCCUUGGAAAGUCCUAAGGUCGAAUCAGCGAAACUCAAGGCCCCCACUACUCAGGCGACGAUCGCGUCGCUAGACAUUCGCGUAGGAAAGAUCAUCGACGUUCGGCGACACGAGGACGCAGACUUCCUUUAUGUCGAAGUCGUGGACUUGGGACCGGAUGUUCCCCAUCGAACGGUCAUAUCCGGUGUCGUCAAGCAAAUCCCCAUCGAGAAAAUGAGAGAUAGGUUGGUUUUGGUGCUGUGUAACUUGCCGCUCAAAACCAUGCGAAACGUCACGAGUGAAGGGAUGCUUCUGACUGCGACGAGCGUUGGGCCGGAGUCGGAGGAACUCGUGGACCUCAUCAACGUUCCUCAGGGGAGUAUAAUAGGAGAGAGACUGUCAUUCGGUCUCCCCGGAGAGCCCGACCAGCUCAUCACCAAAAAGAGACUGGACAGAAUUUUGAAAUCGACAAAAACAGACGGAAACGGCCUUGCCACAUAUUCUAUGAACGGUUUGACACUUUUUUUCAAAACGAGCGCCGGCGUGUGCAGUUCAAGCCUCACAAACGCCUCCAUAUCAUAAAAGCUUGUAUAGGUGUGUUUGG